UUAAAAAUAAGAAAAUAAAUAUAUAUAUGUAAAUAUAUUUUUUGUUUGCAUUAACAAUAAAAUAAAAAUAUAUUUUUUCUUUCUUUCUGCAGAAAUUAAAAAAAGAAAAACAAUUUUGAAAAAUAGGAAAAUUCAAUUAUUCCCUACAUAUCAUAUUAAAUGAAAAAUAAAAAUUAAAUAAUUUUUUCGUGCAAUCAGUGAAUAAGAAAACAAAUAUUUUUAUAUAACAGAGAAAUAUACAAAAAUCAUAUAUAUAUAUUAAUUAUUAUAUAAAAAAUAAAUGUGUAUUAGGUUGUUUAUUUUAUGGUCAAUUUAUUAAUUAAAAUAAUAUACACAACAAUACAAACAAAAAACAAAAGUCAAUAUAAGGUUGUUAGAAAAUCUUACAGAAUUAUAAAAACAAAACAAUCUUGAUGUGACAGUUUAUUGUUUUUUUUUAUAUAUAAAUUAAAAUAUUCUCAAAUUAAAAAGAUAUAUAACAUAAUUUUAGGGAAUUAUUAGUUUGAAUAAAAUAAAUAAUAAUCAAUCAUUAUAAUUAUAAGGUUAUGUGAAUAACAACAAAAAAAAAAGAGAAAUGAACUUUUAAAAAAACAAAAACACAAAAUAAGAAAUCGCGUUUUGACAAUCAAAAAUCAUUAGCGUAUUUAUAAUCGUGUUUUAUCUAUUCUAAAUUGAGGCAAACAAAUUAUAUAUAAAUCAAUUUAGAAGAACACAUACUGAAACUUCGAUAAUCAUCUAUUCUAUACAAUUUAUAUUUGAAAAUAAAAAUAAAAUUAUUUCUAUACAAUAACACUCUUUGACAAUCUCUUAACUUUACAUAUUCUCAAAAAUUCUACCUUAAAAAAAAUAAAAUUAGAAAACUUAUACAAUUCUUAAAAACAUAUCUUAUAAAAGAAUCUUCUAAAAAAAAAUAUCUUGACAAUCUUUUUUCAAAAUAUAAAAUCAAUCUACAUUAAAAAAUUAAAAUUACACUUAGAAUAAAUGUCAUAUAUUAGAAAUAUAUUAUAUUAUAAUAAGUAUUAUUCAAACUUCUAUUGAAUGUGUACGAUAAGCAAGAGUAGUUUUUAAAAAAUCAAUCAAUUUAUCAAACUUAAACCUAACAAAAAUUUAGUUUGUUGUUGUUUAGUUUUUUUUUUUUUAAAGAAAAAUAACAAUUCAAAAUUGUUGCCACAACGUAUUUCCCACCGGGCCUCGCUAUUUGUCCCCCCUUUUUGGCUCCACAAACACAACAACAGUCUAAUAAUUCUCAAUUAACUGCUUCAGCAGCAGUUGUAGCAGCCGCAAAUUCGGCUAUUGUUAGUGCAUUAGCCAAUAAUUCUAAUAAUCAACAUCAAUUUCAUCAUCAUUCACAUUCACAUACCCUUGUAAAUCCUUUGAAUAUCCAUCAUAACCAACAUCAUCACCAUUUUCAAAUUCCUUUAAUACCGCCAACUAUUGGCCAACAAACACAACAUCAGACACCAUCACAACAAAAUCACCAAGAUAGUAGUUGUUCAUUUUUACCAAAUUGUAACGGUAUAACAACGACAUUAUUACAACAACAAACUCAACAACAACAACAACAACAUUCAACAAAUCAUCAUUAUCCGAUAACAAAUCAUUCGGGAUUAUCCUUGUGCUAUUGUGGUCAUUGUUGUCCAUCUGAUCCUGUUAUUCAAACGUUGCAACAUCAACAACAGCCAUCAGCCCUUGCGCCGACAAUUGUUAGUGCAGUUACACCAACACUUAUUUUAAGUCGUUACACUGAAAUAAAUUUGUGUGAUUCUAUUCAAUUGCAACAUCAUCAUAAUCAUCAUCAUCAUCAGCAGCAGCAACAUCAGCAACAACAGCAACAAAUUCAACAACAUCAACAAUUAGUUCAGCAUCAUCAAAGUUGUUUUGGUAAUCAACAUCCAACAACAGCACAAAUUUACGCUCAAUCAACAACAACAUCUACAAAUAAUAAUAAAAAUUCAAUUACGUCACUAGCUGCAUCAGAAGCUAUAGCAAGUGAAUCAAAUCACAUAAACUACAAAGAUAUAAUGCAAAUGCAAUUAAUCCAAUCGUUACCGCAUCCAAAUCAUCUACAUCACCAUCAUCCGCUGCAACAGAGUCAGCAAGAAACAUUGCAGUUGCAACAAUAUCAUCAGCAAAUGCAGCUCCAACAGCAACAUCAACAACAGCAACAACAACAACAACAUCAAAUGCAAUUCCAACAACAACAACAACAGCAACAACAUCAGCAAAUACAAAUGUUGCAAACAUAUAUGCAGAUGCAAGUGGCAACAUCUGCCACACAACAACAACAAUUCUGUGGUGGAUCACCGCCCUUAACUCCAUUACAACACCAACAACAAUCAGCUGCCCAUCAUUUUGCUGCAACAAUGGCAUCAUACAAUCCUGCUGCUAUUACACUCAUACCAUUUGCAACAUGUUCCUCGCCAACAAACAAUAACAAUGUAAAUAGCAAUAUCAAUCAUACUAAUACUAAAUGUUUUAUCAGUAAUACUCAUAAUACAAAUACGAAUGGCAUAACGAAUGCCAUCCUGCCUGCAUUUGGCCAAAACAAUACUAAUAAUAAUCAUAAUAAUUGUGCUAGUAGUGCUCUGUUGUCAAUUGAUAAUAAUCAUAAUCAUCAUCUCAAUCGUAUAAAUCUGAUAAAUCGAGAGUUAUUACAAAAUGGCGGUGGUAAUAAUAAUGAUAUUGAUAAUAAUAAUAUAAAUAUAAAUAUGAAUAUGAUUAGUGGUCCUGGUAGUAGUGAUGGUGCUGAUUCAAUGGCUAAUUUAACUACUAGUACGACUGCUACGACUAAUGCUAAUACUACAAAUGGUAGAUAUAGUUCAGCGUCUUCUGAUUGUUCUAUGCCAUCGCCAUCUUCACACUAUUCUUCUCCUAACAAGAGAGGAAGUGACGAACUUUUAAGUCAAGCAGCAGUUAUGGCACCAGCAUCGGACAAUAAUAACCAAGAUUUAGCCACAAAAAAAGCCAAACUAGAUUCGGGCACAGUAUUGGGAGGAGUUUGCAAACCUUCCAAAGUAAUUCACCUUAGAAACAUUCCAAAUGAAUCCAGCGAACCAGAUGUUAUAUCAUUGGGUAUACCAUUUGGUCGUGUCACAAAUGUACUUGUUUUAAAAGGUAAAAAUCAAGCAUUUCUCGAGAUGGCCGAUGAGGUAUCAGCCACAGCUAUGGUUACCUGUUAUACACACAAUCCACCACAAAUGCGAGGUCGUAUGGUAUAUGUUCAGUUUUCAAAUCAUCGCGAGUUAAAGACCGAUCAAAGCCACACCAUUGGGUCAACUGCUUUGGUUCCCGUUAGCGCAUCAGACUAUAUUAAAAUACAAUCACCAGGAUCUGGAUCACCGUUACCAUUGUGCGGUGCCACUGCCACAGAAGGUUCACAAACUGUCAUGUUAAAUAAUAGCAAUUCAACAACACAGGGUGGUCCAAAUACCGUACUCAGGGUUAUUGUUGAAUCAUUGUUAUAUCCAGUGUCAUUGGAUAUACUGCAUCAGAUAUUCCAGCGCUUUGGAAAAGUUUUAAAAAUUGUGACUUUUACUAAAAAUAAUUCAUUCCAGGCACUCAUUCAAUACCCAGAUGCCCAAUCAGCCCAACAUGCUAAAAACAUUCUUGACGGCCAAAACAUCUAUAAUGGCUGUUGUACUUUACGUAUUGACAAUAGCAAAUUGACAGCUUUAAAUGUCAAAUACAAUAAUGACAAAUCCAGGGACUUUACAAAUCCAUCAUUGCCACCAGGCGAGCCGGGUGCUGAUUUAAUACCGCAAGCUGGAGGAUUGGUCAAUGCAAAUGAUCUGCUUUUAAUUGCGGCUAGACAAAGGCCCGCACUAACAGGUGAUAAAUUAGUUAACGGACUUGGUGCUCCUGGGGUGCUACCACCAUUUGCAUUAGGCAUUGGUACACAAUUAACUGGUGGUUAUAGCAGUGGUAUUCCAAGUCUAGGAGCAUUUGCUUUGGCGAACAGUGGUGCUCUGACAACUGCCACACCAGCACUUCGAGGUUUUUCCAAUGUCCUGCUGGUGUCAAAUUUGAAUGAAGAGAUGGUCACGCCUGAUGCUCUAUUUACCCUCUUUGGUGUAUAUGGUGAUGUGCAACGUGUAAAAAUUUUGUACAACAAAAAAGAUUCAGCUCUUAUACAAAUGGCCGAACCUCAACAGGCAUACUUAGCAAUGACUCAUCUCGAUAAAUUGCGUCUAUGGGGUAAAUCGAUACGUGUCAUGGCUAGUAAGCAUCAAGCUGUGCAAUUACCAAAAGAAGGCCAACCUGAUGCUGGCUUAACACGUGACUAUUCACAGAAUCCAUUGCAUAGAUUCAAAAAACCAGGCAGUAAAAAUUAUCAAAAUAUCUACCCACCAUCGGCCACAUUGCAUUUAAGUAACAUUCCAGCAUCUUGUACAGAGGAAGACAUCAAAGAAGCCUUCACAACAAAUAAUUUCGAAGUUAAAGCUUUCAAAUUCUUUCCUAAGGACCGCAAAAUGGCCCUCCUACAGCUUUCAUCUGUCGAAGAAGCCGUAUUAGCUCUUAUUAAAAUGCACAACCAUCAACUUUCCGAGUCAAAUCAUUUACGUGUCAGCUUUUCAAAGUCAAAUAUUUAAGUGAUAAUUUUUACUACUUUCUCCUAAGAACAAUUUAAACAACAAAUUAAUAAAGAAGAACCUACAGAAGACAGUGUUACCACAGCAGUUAAAAACAAAAACUUUAAAAAAAAAAAACAAAUAAACAAUCUCUCAAAACUCAAAGGAAAGCUCAUAACCUAACGAUGAAGAUGUCAAAAUCUCUGUAAAAGCAGCCCGUCAUCAAAGCGCAUACAAAAUAAAAACACAAAAAUAAAAAUAA